AGUUUUAAUAAAUUUUUAAAUUCCCAAGAAUAAUAUGAGUGAUAGUGUUAACGGACAGGACAUUGAAGAGGCAAAGGAAACUUAUAACAAAAGAAUAUCCACUGGAGAAAGAGUUCAGAAGAGAAGACAAAGAAUUAACACCAAACAAAACUCAACCAGAUGAGAGACUCUAAGAAUGGGAACAUCUCAAAAAUACAUUUCCAAGAGAAUAAAUGAGCUAAAAUAUAGAGAUGAUUACUUUGACAGAAAGAAUAUAGGAAUUGGUUACGGAUACAACACUACAUACAUGGGUAAAGAAAUUAAGGACAACUCUUCUAAGCCAUCUGCUCCUCAAUUUAGUUUUGGUAAAACUCCCAAAGAUCUUAUCAGUAGUAUGGAUCUGACAGUUUAUUCUCAGAAGCAGGGAAGAAAAAGCAAAGCUCGCCCAUAUUCUAACCAGUGGACCAAAGUAAUGAAGAGGAAGAAAAAGUCGAAGGGAAGAUAUCCCCCUCAUGUGCCUACUAAUGUAUUCAAAAACAUGUCACCCCGAGCAACCAUUGGGAAUGAUAAACGGUUCAAAAAGAUUUACAAGGGAUACAGAAAAAAUAAGAAAAUUCCUAACUCUUAUCUAACAAAUCUGAGAGAAAUCCUUGGAAGCAAGAGCAAUGCCAGUUCGAUGAAUAUCCAGCAAACCUUGGCUAACCCAACUAAGAUUGGCCCUGCUAUCUCAAUUCCGAAGUCUUCUAGGUUUAGCACUUUCCAGAAUACAGGCCCUGGACCUGGGGAUUAUACCAGACCUACAACCAGUCAGCAUAAGAGCCGGAAAAAUAAGCAGAGGUUGAAGAACACUCAAUUAAUGUUCAACACUAUUGGGCCUACUUUUGGGCAUCCUCAUAAGACAAGCAGCAAGAUAUACUUUGAAGAGUACGAGAAGGAUAUGUCUAAUAAGUUUGGUCCAGGCCCAGCUUAUUAUAACAUGGCGAGUUCCUUCCAGUCGAUUAAGAAGUCAACUCCAAGGCAUAAGUUUUCAAAAUCAAAAAGAUUUAAUAUGCUACAGUCAUCCUCAGUUUCGCCAAGUCGACCAGAUCUAGAUAAAAUAACAAAGAAAUCAAUCCGGCAGCAGAGCUUUGGGAGAACUCCUCGAAACUUUGAUCCAAGAAAGAUGAACAAUCUUACUUGCAAACUCUGGAGUAAAGGGGUCACCAGAUAAAGUUAAUGUACUCUCUAGAAAUGCCUCAAGCAUUAAUUUAAAGGGAAUCAACCUAAUUGUAAGGCCACUCAUGGAUAAGGUUUGAAGGCAUUCAAGAGGCUCACUUGUAUUAACAAUUUGUCUUAAAAAGGAAUAGUUGUUUUAUGAAAGAUGUUGAAUGAAGAUCUUAAAUAAUAAGAGCAAUCAUUCUAUCACUGAAAACAAAUCAAGUUUAAACCCCUUGAGUGUAAUCUCUUUAUGUCCUUGACUCUCUAAUCUGCGAGAUGCCUAUUAAUGCUGUUGAAAUUCCCUUCAAUCUUAA